GAAAUACAAUUUUUGGCAAUGACAAUGAAUUGUUAUGGUACAUAGAAGAAGAAAAAGUAUUUUAUUAAGGCCAUAUCUAAAACAACCAACCAAAGUGUUUUUUCCAUUCGACAACUCCUUUGUUUUUUCUCCUCAUAGUACUCAAGAUUAUAAUCGUCCAACAAACAUGACCAAGACUUUGGCAAAAUAUGCGUGGUUCCAGUGUGAUUGAAUACAUAGUCUAUAAAAAAAGUGUUUGUUUGUAAUGUGUGUGCAAUAAUAUAGAAGGAUUAAAAAUUAUUCUUCGAAAUAGACAAAUUAAACAUUAUCAUAAAUAUGUCACGCUACAAUCACCACAUAUAUAAAGUUUAUAUAGCAGAUGGAUUUGCGACUGAUUGUGAUGAACUGAUUCAUCGCUGCCUGCAGCUGUCCAAGUUGGAUUAUCAAGAGUUCUGCAAAAUUUGGAAGGACCUGGACUUUAGCAUGAUUUUUCACGGUAGAAAUUCAGGUGCAGAGAUAGCAGAACUAUCGGAAGAACUUGUGUAUAUAAGUAAACAAUAUCUGCUGAAAAAUACUGAAAAUUUUGAGGAAUCAGUGGCUGGUUUAUUUCUAUUGUAUGGAGUGCUGACUCUCCAGCCGUAUACUAACUUUGCAUGGCUUCGUCUCACUCCAGAUGAUAUACCGGCCAUUAAAAGAAUAGAGUUAGUUGCAAGACAGGACAGGAGACUGGAUCUGCUGUAUAUUCUUGGGGAGAUACUUAUUAAGUACACUCAAUAUCAUGCCGUUGAGAGGGAGAGGGGUAUGGAAUCUGUGUUGAGGAAAUAUCUGGAUGGUUACACUAGUAUAGACAAACUGGGUGUCCGACCUAAAGGUGUGUUCUACCGACAAAACGAAGAGCUGGAUAUUAUAAGAGAUUUGGGAACCGUCUCAAGACAGUACACAAAAGCUAAGGACAUGCUCAGAGUUGCUGGUCGGCCGGAUCCCAGCCUGCAGUACAUCAAUGAAAACUUGCCAUUUGAGUUGAAUGUUACCCUGAAGAAGAUUAUCAAUGGAGCUAUAGACGAUGAUUGUGACGAUUCACCCGACGAGCAUUAUAACAUGGUGCAAGCUAUUAAGACCAGGGCGGUGACGAAUACUGUCGACAACAUGAGACAUCUCAUAGCAGUCGAAGACAGGAUAUCAACGCAGGAGAAUUCAAGUCCAAGAACAAGUAAACAGGGGAAGAGUGAUUUGAAAACACCAACUGGUAGAGUCAAAUCUGGUAGUCCAACCAAAAGAAUGACCAGCUCGCCAGGAAAAAGGAAGUUGGAUGUGAAAUCGGUAAGAAAAAAGAAGAUCUGUGUGGAAAAUACAAAAUCGGAUGCAGGAAGCGCUGAUAUAGAUGUGGAGGAUUUUCAUAAGGCAGCAGCGAAGGUCAUAGCUGAAGGUGCUGAGGGUGGAAUCACACACACAAAGGAAACGGAUAUACAUAUAGAUCCUACGGCUGUGGUUCUAGGGAAGGAUGUAGCGAAGAACUUGGAGAUCGAGUUCAUUGAUGUAGGGAAUCUAUCAGUAGACGGUAAUGGGGACAACGAAUCUGGAAGAGAUACUGAUACCACAAGCGACACAAACAGAACAGCUAUCAAAACUAAAAUAAAGAAACCAGAGAAGAGAGAACUCAAGAGACUGCAUUUGAAAUCUAAAUUCAAACGUUUAGGAAUGUUACCAGUCGCUAACUUUAAUGAUAAAAAUGGCGACCUUGACAAUAAUACGGACCAAAUGGGAAAUUAAAGCAAAAUAUGAAAUAAAAACUUUAUAUAUUUCA